AUGGCUACCUUUCAUGAUUAUACUGCUAAGGCAGCAUGUUUUGAAGCAUCAUCACUGACUUUUGCUCUACAGGCCUUGCUCCACCGUCAUGAAAGCUAUAUGGCUGAAGCGGAAGAGGACCGUCACAGGUUGGUCGACAGCAUUGACAAUCUAGAGCGCGAAAAGCAAGAAGUGCAAGCAGAAAAUGCGCGCAUCAUCGAAGAGAAUCGGAGUUUAUUAGAGCAACUUGACAGUUUAAAUCAAGCGGUCGCCGAGUCUGACAACCAUGUCAAGUCCCUAACGGUUACUUUGGAGAAGACGGAGUCUGAGUUGCGAAGAUUGACAGCAGCUGCAACGCGUGCCGCAGAGCUCGAGGCGCAACUAGCUCUCAUGGAGGUAGAGCAGUCUAAGCUCCAAGAGAGCCUUGUGUCAGUGCAUGAAGACGAGAAAUCAGCCGUCCAACGGUGGAGACAAGCAGAAACCACAUUGCGAGACCUUCAUGAUCAAGUCGACCGCAUCGAGAAAGAAGCACGCGAGGAGAGAGAUCGGCAUACAGACCUCGUCCAACGCAUGGAGCGCAAGAGAGCUGUGGAACGCGAGCUAGACAAUGCAGCGGGGCGUCUCAAGGGUGCCGCUGCCGCCUCUGAACUCAACCGCAAUGCUGGUGGUACCAACGUGGUCUCUCGCUUCGUCAAGGAUAUAUUGCAAGACAACGCCAAUCUGCAGGUCGGAAUCAUGGAGCUACGCGACAUGCUCCAGAGCUCGAAUGAAGAAGUGCAGAAUCUACGGGAACAGGUUAUCUCUCAUCAGCCGCUGGCCGGCGUCGAUGAGGAGGAUAAUUUCCAACCAAGGCAUUCUACUACGCUGAGCGAGGAGCUACGAGCGAAGGAAGAACGACGGGUGUCUCAGGAGUUACACAUCCAUCAUCAUUUCCACACACCAAGUCCAGCUCUAGCUACAAAGAAGGAGAAAGCCACGCUCAACCGUCGCCUGAAGAAACGCCGCCCUGCUCUUGGAAGCCCGGUAGCAAUGCACUCUGCGAUGCGAUCACAGUCCCCCCGAAGAGCCCUUCAUCGCUCUCAGUCAUCUGGAUCCUCUAUGUCAACCAUUUUGUCGCAAACCUCUGUAUCCAUCCCACCUCAUUCGUCCUCCCGCCGCUGGUCCUCACAAUCACAUGCUCCGGACUCGCUAGCAAGCUCUCCUCGGUCCGCGUUCAGGACAUCAUCAAUAUUUGAUCGUGUUGAACGUGGCGCUGAUUUCUCUCAACCUACCAGCCCGGAAAGCGCCGUGUUCUCUUCGCCUUUGAUGCAGACACGGAACCUGAAGGGUCUCGAUAUACCACACCAGUCAAUGGGUGGAUUUGAUAACCACGAUGCACCUGACUACCUAUCCGCAUAUGAAGAUGAUUGCUACGGCCGCCAAGACUUCUCGAACUUGGGUGAUAAUGCCACACGAGAGCCAGCUAUUCCAGAAGAAUCCGAGCCAUCUCCAUCGGCGCCAUACUUCUCGCCCAUGGGUGAGCCACUGACGACCACCGAUGACCUUUUUACUAUGCAUGUACAGCCUUCAUCUUUACGCAGAUCUUCUUCUCAUGACAGCUUGCUCUCCAUUGCUGGAAUGGAUAUUCACACACCCACCAGUCGCCACAAGCGAAUGGGUGACUGGCAUCCGGGUAUGCGGAUUCCUCGGCGCAUCCUGUCACCGAGUGUCCAACUAUUAUCAACACCCCCUGUAAUAUCAGCCCCAGCCAUCACAGCCGAUCGUGCAAAGAGCUCAGAGCACACAUCCCAGGCAUUACUUGCUUCCAUGGCCGCGGUAAAUCAAACCAAGUCCGACACAGCAUCCAUUAUAUCCACAGACACCGCCAGCACCGGCUCAACCUCAACCCUUGGGCCCCGAAAAGCUACGACGUUGGGUCGCCGUAUGGGAGGCUGGGUCCUAGGCCGCUGGGGCGUAGCACCAGUCUCAGCCGACAGUGAAUCUCAAGAUCCGACAGACUCGCCAACCCCGUCUGUGGCAUCAUCGCCUUCUACAUCGACAUCUACGCCCAAACUCGUUGACCCGCUGGCUCUCCGCUUCAGACACCCAGGCGUAAACCAGAAGGGUCCGAUAAUGGGCCUGCGGCCUCCACCUCCCGCUCCGAUCUCCAUUCAUGCACAAGGCAUAGACGAAGACCUGUUGCGAGAGAGUCUAGCCGAAAAUACUCUCUAG